UUUGGGAUAUUUUCAUUUGAAUUGGAGAGAUAAUCAUUGUACAGCUAUUUUCUGACAGAUUACUAGUAGUUGCCAUCAGUUCAUUUUCUGUAGCUGUGUCCAUAAACAACAUAUUGCAGGUACAAUGGGAGUUUCACUUUUGGCUUGUGAAAAUCAUGGUACAGUGGUUGAUUUGGCAGGGCAGGGUCUUCAGAAGCUGGGCCCCACAUUACCAUUCAAUGCUGAUACUUCAACAUUGAUAUUGGACAAAAACCAAAUCAUCAAAUUGGAACAUCUUGAGAAAUGUAAAAACCUUACACAAUUAUCUGUAGCAAACAAUCGGCUAGUACGGAUGAUGGGUGUAGCAAAAUUGAUACAUCUCCGGGUACUGAACCUACCCCAUAACAGCAUUGGCUAUGUGGAGGGACUGAAGGAUUUGGUGCAUUUGGAAUGGCUUAAUCUGGCUGGAAAUAAUUUAAAGGUCAUUGAUCAGAUCAACAGCUGCAUUUGUCUUCAGCAUCUUGAUCUCUCAGACAAUAAUAUAUCUCAAAUAUGUGAUCUCUCCAAACUAGCGUCUCUGAAGACUUUGCUCUUGCAUGGCAACAAUAUUACUUCUUUACGUACUGCGUCCUUAAGCCUUCCCCAAGGCCUCACCAUUCUUUCCUUGGCAGAAAAUGAAAUCCGAGAUUUGAAUGAAGUAUCAUUCCUCACAGGUCUUACAAAUCUGGAGCAGUUAUCAAUCAUGAACAAUCCCUGUGUGAUGGCCACACCAUCUAUUCCUGGUUUUGACUACCGGCCUUACAUUGUGAGCUGGUGCUUGAAUCUUAAGGUUUUAGAUGGAUAUGUAGUCUCCCAAAAAGAAAACCUGAAAGCUGAAUGGCUUUACAGCCAAGGAAAAGGACGAUCAUAUAGGCCUGGCCAACAUGUCCCUCUUGUGCAAUAUUUGGCAUCAGUAUGCCCAUUGACAUCGGCACUUGGUCUUCAAACUGAAGAGGAUGCAAAGUUGGAAAAAAUAUUAAAUAAACAAAGAUUACAUCAGAGGCAACUAUUGCACCAGAUCCUUGUUGAUGGCCACCUAUCAUCUACACCCAAUAAAAGGCCAACAUCAUCUAGUGAGCAAAAAAGUCCAGCUCGGGGAGCCCAGCGCCCCUAUGAAAAUGAACCUGUACUACGGAUAGACAAUUGGCUUGGGACAAGUCAUUCUGAAGAGAACUCCUAUGCUGUGAGAAAUGUGUGCUCUGGAAUUAGUCAGUCUGGUGCAUCACAUUACAACAGUCUCUAUUUGGAGGAUAUACAAACAGAUGAGGAUAAAUUAAACUGUAGUCUUCUUUCUUCCGAGUCGACAUUCAUGCCGGUUGCGCACGGUUUGUCCCCUGUAUCGCCCAGUGUGGAAUUGAGGACACUAGGUACUAAUGAAAGUGUAAUGGAGUUUUAUAAAGCCAAUACUGAAAAUUUAAAAACACAAAUACCUGAGAAGACAAAGCUAACAGAGUUUGAAAAUGGAGUGAAAGCGGAUACAUUUCGCUGUGUUUAUCCAGUAAUUCAAAAUGAGAAUGUGACUCCAAACAACACAACCAAGCAACCCGUGCCAAGUGCAAAUGCAGAGAACACACCGCCUUCAAAUUAUCAAACCGACUCUAAUGGUGUAGUUACAAGCAUAUUCUCUGCACUUGAAAAUGAUGUGGACAGUCUUAACAGUAUGAACAAAGCAGCAACUAAGCUUCAGUCCUGCUGGAGAGGGUUCCACACGAGAAAUAAAAAUCUGGUCGUUAGGGAUUUGCGUUAUGAGAUCAGACUGCGCAGAAUGCAGGACCAUAUUGUCUUCUUAACUGAAGAAGUUAACAGGCUAAAAAAAGAGAAAGAGAAGGAACGCAUACAAAAGCUUGUUCAGGAGGAAGCUGUGAAAUAUCUAUGGGAGCAGGUUCAGUCCAUUCAGCAGUGGCAGAAUACAAUAAAAGUUCAAAUUCCUACUAAUUCUCAACAUGAAGAAGUACUUACUGCAAGCAAAUCACUCACACACAUUCCUGUUGAUUCAUCUAAAGUAUUGGAAGAAAAAUCUUCCUGCAUUUUUAAUCCAGAAAACUUUACCAGAAAAGCCUCACCUGAUAUCCCAGACUCUGGUUUCAAUUCUAUCAUAAGUCAGGUAUCUCCAAAUGAACCUACCUUUUCUGAAAAAAGCUCCAAUGAGGAAAGCAAAUCUUCAGAGCCAUCUCUGGAAACGGUGAUACAAUUCAAUAGACAAACUCUAGAUACUCCUGAUGAACAGGCUGCAACAGCUGAAGAAGAAAACAAGGACAAUUCUAGCAUUGAACAAGAUAGCAGCCUCCUGCAACAGUAUUUACUGACGGUUGAACAACUGGAGGAGGCAGAUAAUACAAGCUAUAUCGAUGGACCAGAAGAAAGCCGUCCAGGAACCAACAACUGUUCGUUAUCCUCUGAAAUUCUGUCCAGUAGCCUUUCACACAUACAACAUGAUGAUUGUAAGCAGGAAAUGCAUACAGUUCAAGAUAACUGUUUUUCAUCUGGGGAAGCACAUAGCAUGCUGAAUCCGCAUGACCCAUGCUCUCAGGUGCCAGCGAUGGACUUGGUCCUUUAAAUUGAAGAAUAUCAGGCUACUGCUUUCCAUUUAUAAUGUGGCAUUUGGAAAUGUUACAAUGUUGGGCUGUAAUUUAAUUAUUUUUACUAUAUACACUCUGCAGCUGAUAUGCACUUUGCCACAGUUAAUGCUGUAAAUGUUCCUAAAUUUUUAUUUCUGUGAAAUGGUAAUACUGGACAGAUGGUAAACACUCUUUUCAGUAGACACUUAGGAAAUAAAGACAACUUUAUUUAUGGUACUUACUAUUUAUAGUGUAGUUACUAUUUAUUGAAAGAUACAUUUUAUACUGAGCAAUAAUAGAGAGAUCAAGUGUUCUGUAAAUAGUGAUGAACAGUCUAAAAUUAAAGGAACAUUCCCAAGCACAAUAACCACUACAGCACAUUGUAGUGGAUAUGGUGCCAGAAGAAGUCAAACUUUUUAAGAGCCCUGGUAAGUUCUCAGUUUUUUCUUAAACAGUGGGUUGUAGUGGUUAUAGUACUUGGUAAUAUUUUAGUCCAAGGGGGCUAUACCAAAAGAAGUCCAGUUUGAUUAAGAAUGUUUUGCUGCAAGAUAUUUAUAAAUGGAGGCUUAUUGCACGCACGUUGAGCUGGUGUUUCGCCUUAGUCCAUUCCUUACUUAUCGCACACUAUUCUGCUGUAUCAGUAUUUAUAUGAAAUAUUUAUCCACAUUGAUUACACAGUUUUAUUUAUUGCCAAUUACUCUUUCCUGAUAUAUCAUUGACAUUUUUAUAGAGGAGCUUAAAACAGAAUAAAAUGAAGUUGAUGUUUUGG